GCCCAAAACAUUAUAAUAAAUAUAAAGAGGUUUCGCAUAAAAAUAAUAACAUGCAUUAGGGUUUCUCAUUCAUCACAGUGCCGUCACAAGGAGAGUAGCGGUACUAGAUCGAAGAGAGCAGCCACCAUGGCCGUCGGAAAAAACAAGAGAAUUUCAAAGGGAAGGAAGGGAGGAAAGAAGAAAGCCGUUGAUCCUUUUGCUAAGAAGGAUUGGUAUGAUAUCAAGGCUCCUUCUGUUUUCCAAGUCAAAAAUGUUGGCAAAACCCUUGUCACUCGUACUCAGGGUACCAAGAUUGCUUCUGAUGGACUCAAACAUCGUGUGUUUGAAGUCUCAUUGGCUGAUCUUCAAGGAGAUGAGGACAAUGCAUUCAGGAAGAUUAGGUUGAGGGCUGAAGAUGUUCAGGGCAAAAAUCUGUUGACCAAUUUCUGGGGUAUGGAUUUUACCACUGACAAGCUUAGGUCAUUGGUGAGAAAAUGGCAAACUCUGAUUGAAGCUCAUGUUGAUGUUAAGACCACUGAUAGUUAUACUUUGAGAAUGUUCUGCAUUGGGUUUACUAAGAGACGCAGCAACCAGGUCAAGAGGACUUGCUAUGCUCAAUCCAGUCAGAUCAGACAGAUCCGCAGGAAGAUGAGGGAAAUCAUGAUCAACCAGGCCACAUCCUGUGAUCUGAAAGAGCUUGUGCGCAAGUUUAUCCCUGAGAUGAUUGGAAAAGAGAUUGAGAAGGCUACAUCUAGCAUCUACCCACUUCAGAAUGUUUUCAUUCGUAAAGUCAAGAUCUUGAAAGCUCCUAAGUUUGAUCUUGGUAAACUGAUGGAGGUUCAUGGUGAUUACUCUGAAGAUGUUGGUACUAAGGUAGAGAGACCUGCUGAAGAAGCAGUGGUUGAGGGAGCCACAGAAAUUGUUGGAGCUUAAUCUACUUCAUAAUGCAUUUUUGUUUGUUAGGUUGUUUCUCAUGCUAUUACCAAUAUUUAUUUUGAAGUUUUGUUGACUCUGAAGCUUUUCAUUGUAAUUUAAAUCCGGAUUUUUGGUAUGUCAUUUUUCAAGUGUUGGCACAAUUUUAGACCUUGUUAAGCAGCGCCCCAUAAUGAGAUCAUAGAUUGUCUUUUGAUUA